ACCUCCCCAGCCACCCAUUCCGGGCUUGGUCCUUGUCCCCUGCCGGGGCCUCGGAGCCUGUCCCAAUCCCGGGCUGUUCCAACCCCAAGACCCAACCACGUUCCCGCGAGAGGAAAAUCGACUUUCUCUGCGCGCUGCCUCGGCGCCCCCAAGGCUAGCCCGGACCUGGUGUCGCUUCGGCCGGAAGCGGAAGUGCGUGUCGGGGGCAUCAUGGCGACUGUUGCCGAACUCCCGGACUCGGUCCUGCUGGAGAUCUUCUCUUACCUCCCGGUACGGGACCGGAUCCGCAUCUCCAGGGUCUGUCACCGCUGGAAGAGACUGGUAGACGACCGGUGGCUGUGGCGACACGUCGACCUGACGCUCUACACGAUGCGGCCGAAAGUCAUGUGGCACCUCCUUCGCCGGUACAUGGCAUCCCGGCUCUACUCCCUGCGGAUGGGUGGCUACCUGUUCUCUGGCUCCCAGGCCCCGCAGUUGUCCCCCGCCCUGAUGAGGGCCCUGGGCCAGAAGUGUCCCAACCUGAAGCGCCUCUGCCUGCACGUGGCCGACCUUAGCAUGGUGCCCAUCACCAGCUUGCCCCCCACACUGAGGACCCUGGAGCUGCACAGCUGCGAGAUCUCCAUGGCCUGGCUCCUGAGGCAGCAGGACCCCACCGUGCUGCCCCUGCUGGAGUGCAUCGUGCUGGACCGCGUGCCCGCCUUCCGCGACGAACACCUGCAAGGCCUGACGCGCUUCCGUGCCCUGCGCUCGCUGGUGCUGGGCGGCACGUACCGCGUCACCGAGACGGGGCUGGAUGCCAGCCUGCAGGAGAUGAGCUACCUGCAGAGGCUCGAGGUGCUGGGCUGCACCCUCUCGGCCGACAGCACCCUGCUGGCCAUCAGCCGCCACCUCCGAGAUGUGCGCAAGAUCCGGCUGACCGUGAGGGGCCUCUCUGCCCCUGGCCUGGCCGUCCUGGAAGGGAUGCCGGCCCUGGAGAGUCUGUGCCUGCUGGGCCCCCUCAUCACCCCAGAAAUGCCCUCCCCCACUGAGAUCCUUUCCUCCUGCCUCACCAUGCCCAAGCUCAGAGUCCUCGAGCUGCAGGGGCUGGGGUGGGAGGGUCAGGAAGCCGAGAAGAUCCUGUGCAAGGGGCUGCCCCACUGCAUGGUCAUCGUCAGGGCCUGCCCCAAAGAGUCCCUGGACUGGUGGAUGUAACUGCCCCAUCUGUCCUUGGAAUCCAGCCUAGCUUUCACCGUUGAGCCCCAGACCCUCUGCGCAGCACGUUGAAGAGGGCGAGUAAUCUAGUUUAAAGGCACUGAAGGCCCCAGGUAGAGAGAACUCGGGCCCAGGGGCCUCUAGACCAUUGGAAUCAUUGUUUGCCAAUUGUGUGGCCUCUCUGAGACUCAGUUCCCACAUCUGGAAAUAGGGAAGACCACAGCUACCUCAUGGUUAUGUUGCAAAGCCUUACUCUGAACAGCUACCGACCCCAAGAAGGCUCUCAAUGAAGGGUGAUCCCCAGGGUUGUCCUUAGGAACAAGAUGGAGGCAGAAAGGUGGGGUUAAGA